UGGAUCUCCAGCCUGGUUGUGCGCGCACACAUCGGGUAUUACGGUCUCGGGGCCGCUCACGCCUCACGGACGCGCCGCUCCCCGUCACCAGCAGCAGCAGCGGCCGCACACACACCGACUGAGUCAAGAUGGCGACCGAGGGUCAGAGCGAGUACGAGUCCGUCCUCUGUGUCAAACCCGAAGUCAACGUGUACCGAAUCCCACCGAGGGCAUCGAACCGGGCCAUCAGGGCUGCCGAUUGGAAGCUGGAUGCUCCUGACUGGACGGGACGCAUGCGUGUGACGGCCCGGGGCAAAGUGGCCUAUGUGAAACUGGAAGACAAAAUCUCUGGGGAAUUGUUUGCCCAGGCGCCGGUGGAGGAGUACCCUGGGAUCACAGUGGAAACAGUUAGUGACUCAAGUCGUUAUUUCGUGCUCCGCAUCCAAGAUGACAAUGGCCGCAGUGCAUUCAUAGGCAUUGGAUUUGGAGACCGAGGCGACGCCUUUGACUUUAACGUUGCACUUCAGGACCACUUUAAGUGGGUGAAACAGGAAGAUGAAUUCACCAAGCAGGCGCAGGCUCCAGACACCACUCCCAAACUGGACCUGGGCUUUAAAGAGGGACAGACCAUCACUCUCAAUAUCGGGCAAUCCAAAAAGAAGGACAGGUCUCGUCCGCAGAGUUCCGGUGGCAUCGGGCUCCUUCCACCUCCACCCGGGGGAAAGCUAGCACCACCGCCGUCAUCGAGAUCCACCAAUCACAAUACACAACAGUCUGCUGGAGUAAGUGACACGGGUUUCUUGCUAGACCUGGACUCCAGUAACUCCAACUCAGUGGCUCCACCCAACCCGACCUCCACAUCCAGCUCUGACCUGUGGGGAGACUUUGACUCCGUAUCCCCAAAGUGAGGAGAUAUUCACUCCUUUUUUCUCCCUCCCUUACUGUAACUCUCUGUAAAUUUAUGCAGCAGUUUUUGCAACUUUGUUUUCCCCGUUAUUUGGGGUCCCGUAACUGUCCCUGCCAAGCAGGGUAACCCCUCUGUCUGUGCUUAUUUGAAUUCAGUUUCUCAAAGCCUUGGUUUAGCCUGAGAUACGCCAGGAUUAUUACCCCCUCAAAGCACAUUUAGAUGAUUGGUCACCUUGCAACCAACUUCCAUCGUCCUUGUUGGGGCUCUUGUUUCCUCGCUCUGUCUGUGUAUUCAGUCUAGCUCUCUAGUUUCCUCUAGAUUUCUGCCUUUGCCCUUUUCCUUAAAGUGUUUUAUUUACACAAGAGUAUACACUAUAGAAAUAUGAUCAAGGGAGACAUAAUCAGAAAAAAUCUGAAAACGAAUACUAAUAAAAUACAAUUAUGAAUGAAUUUUAUGUACAGAAAUAAUUUAUUUUAAAUGUAUAUAUUGUCACUAGUUUGUAAGUAUUGCCAUUUGUGUUGUCAACUGUCCGUAGUGUAGCUUCUCAUCAAGUCUCCAGCAGUGGGACUGAAUAUAUGCACUGACUGACAGUCCGGUCUGUCUCGGUAGUUACUAAUGUAUAGUCCAUAUUAAAGGCAGGGAAUUAUCUAAUAAUAGACUUAGGUUAUUGUGAAGUUUACCACUAAAUGAUUUUACUUGAAGGAAACCUGAGUAGAUGUGCUCUCUAGCACUCUCUGGUGGGCCUGGGUGGCUCUGGAGCAUCAUUUGAGAGAAGAUGCAGCUUUUGAUCAUAAAUAUCACUGGAGAUGAGUUUUGUGUGAAUUGUUUUAUCUGUAAAAUCAGCACAGAGAGACGGAGGCAUCAAGUGCUUUUAUCUUCGCCUCAAGCUGGAACAGAGAUGAUUUAGUCCGUGUUAUGUCAUCUCCACUCAGCACAGCUGUUAAAGCUGUGACUGGUGAGUCAUCUGUGUCACGACCUCUUUCCUCCUCAAUGAAUAGGUCUGUGUUUCAGCACUGCCCCGAAGGGCUUUACCUCCUUCAUUCUCCAUGAGAAGGUGAGCAGGUUGUAGAGCUCAAACGCAGCAUGUUGCUCUGUACAAACAAGUUUUAGCUUCAGCCCCAUGUUCAGAUCUAAUGCUAUAAACGCUUCUCUGAUGCAGACAAACGCAACGUGGGACCAAGUCAGUCGAUGUUCGAUGCCGUGUUUUGUUGUGAUAUUGUUAUGUAUCAGGAGAUUGGUUCAUGUUACAUUGAUAUCACAGAUACACACACGUGUUGUGACAGGUGUGCAGUGGCCAGUGGUGUGAUGGUGGAUGUUGACAGGAGCGCACAGAGAGUGUGUGAGUGUGAAGCCCUAACAGUGUUUGUCAGUGUUUGUUUACUGUUCAAAUUAUAUGCAUUUCUUCCAAGCGUUACUUGUUAUUCAAACUGUAUAUGUGUAUGGAGAUGUAUAUGGAAUUGAAUAUGCAAAGAAAAACAUAAAGGUAUCAUUUAAUGACC